AUGGAUCACACGCUUAUAUUUGCUAUCGCCGCCAGCGGCAUUUUCCUGCUCUUCGCCCUGGUGAAGAUUGCGUCGUGCCUUGCUCGGAGGGAAACGGUUUCCGUGAAAUUUGCUAAGUGCCUUACAUACCCGUACUUCCUUGGUCGUCACCACGCUAUCGGACCCUGGACGCGGUGCGAAUUCCUUCUGCAUCUUCUCUAUGUAGCGGCAAACGCCGUCCUUCUCGGCGUGCCGAGUCCCUCUGCCCCGAGCGUUAGCCAGCGGGCCGGAACGCUGUCGGUGGUGAACAUGGUGUUUCUCUUCACCGGUAUGCACCCGGCCUUCUAUCCGGAUCUCCUUGGAAUUACGCUGCGGACGCGUCGGGGGUUCCACCGCGCGGCGGGGUGGGCCGUGGCCGCUCUCUCGGUCGUCCACGCUUGCUCUCUGACAGACCGGGCGGACUUUCCGCUGGGCAUUCCCGCAAAUCUUUGGGCGGUCAUAGGUGCUAUAUCCCUUGGGGGUUUGCCGCUGCUCUUUAUCCCGGCCUUUCGCAAGUUCGCCUAUGAGGCCUCUCUUCGCGCGCACCAGGCGACCGCGUGUCUAUGUGUCUAUGCAAUCUGGAGUCAUUUGCCGCCAGAUUGGCCAUCUGAUCGAUUAUACAUGCUAUACUUGUACGUCGCCCUGCGGAUUUUUGCUGUAAGCUGGUGGUCUUGGGCGCAGAGCCACCCCUUCACGGUGGUAUCCUGGUCGAAGGGGAAGCAAGAUGCCGUGGAGCUCGUCAUACAGCCUCGUCGCGGGCUGACGGCGGAUCUGCUUCGCCUGACCGACACAGAACCCGGUUCGUCGUUCACGCUUCCGGCGUAUGUCAGCGGGCCGCACGGCGUCAGCGAGUCGGUGGAGCGCUACACGACGGUGCUGAUGGUGGCAAGCGGUCCCGGCAUAGCAGCCAUGAUCCCGUAUAUCAAACGGCUGAUCCACGGCUUUAAUGCCAGAACCUGUCGGGCCUGCCGGGUACAUUUCGUAUGGCAGCUUCGCACUUCGUACACUGCGAUGGUGAUGCAUGAGUGGCUCGGACAGCUGCUAGAGGAGGACGUCUCGAAUAACAGUUAUAUUCUUUCCAUUUCCAUCUACCUGGAGACCGAAAAGAUGUUGUCGGAGAAGCUGCCGUUUGGGAGUCAUGAGCGUAUCAUUGUAUACACGGGCCCGGCGGAUUUACCGGCAAUCGUCCAGAAGGAGGUAUCUGGCCAGCACAUCCAACGACUUCCUAACUUUGAAGACGAGCGUGGCGACACGCUAGUCAUGGCUUCGGUUUCCGACAGUUUACGCGAUAGGCUUAGAACCAUCGUCCACGGCUACUUGGAUGAGAAAGUGAGGCUGUCAGAGCUUGAAUUUCAACCGGGUAGGUUCGACUAG